AUGGAAGCAAAACUCACAACCUCAUAUGGCAACAUUCCUUUCAUUCCUCUCCAUGUUAUUGAAGAAAUUUUGCUCAGAUUAGACGUCCAAAUCCUGUUUCAGUGUGCUUUUAUUUGCCGAGAUUGGAAUGCCCUGAUUACUAGUUCUGAUUUCAUAUCCCACAGCUCAAAACGAACUUUUGAUUCCAGAAACCAAAUCCUUCUUAUUAGAGAGAGCGCAGAAACUCGUGGAAGUUCAUCUCUUAGCCUAUCAAGUCGGCUAUCAUGUUGCCAACCAACCUAUUCACUGCAUUGGGAUAAUGAUCAGUUCGAUUUGCUUCGCACAAUAAAAAAUCCUCCUGUCGAUGAUUUUAAAGGCACACGAUUGAUAGGAGUAAGCAAUGGGUUAGUAUGUCUUGCCACUAAAAAACCUCCAAAAUUUAUUCUUUGGAACCCAACUGUUCGAAAAUAUGUAUGGUUUCCCUUCAUGAUGACUUGGGAUGAAGCAAUAUUGUCGGCUGAAGGCUUUGGUUUUGAUUGUAGCAGCAAUGAUUUUAAGAUUGUAAGUCUUCUUUAUCGCCGAACUGAUCCGUUUAGGUUUAUCAUUGAAGUUGACUCAGCUUGGAUUUUUUCAUACGUCUCAUGGUCAUGGAAACGUCUCACUAUCCCUUCUUCUUGGUUCGCUUAUCGUGCUGAACCCCCCGUAUUCUUUAAUGGUGUGCUUUAUUGGCGUGCUUAUCAUGAAGAAGAAGGAAGCGAUGAUUAUGACUUUAUACUUACAUUUAAUCUGACACAUGAAGUGUUUGGACGAAUAUUAUUUCCUAGUGAUGCACGUCUCAUGGGUAAGAUUUCUGUUGUAACAACAGGGGACUCGCUUCUCUUGAUACAAGAGACAUACGAGUGGCAUUUUGAUGAAUCUGAUGAAGAAACGGAUGAAGAUGAGCAGGUAUCUAACCAAUUUACCAUUUGGAUUACUAAAGGAAUUGACAACCAUGAGUCAUGGAUGAACAUCUUCUCAAUCACGUCAGAGAUGGAUCCUGAUCACAUAUUAGGCGCGAGAAAGAACGGUGACCUCAUACUAUACAUGGAUGGUGGGCAGAUUCUGAGGUUCAAUCCAACAACUCCAACCAAUCUCUUGGUGGGGGCUAUAGAAAAGAGUGUUUCCUUCCGUUAUCACAAUGAAAGCUUGUAUUUACUUGAGAAAGGGGAAGGUGUUCAUUCCUAUUAA